AGAAAAUUUUCCAAUUCCACUGAUGUCCAUAUUAAGCCCUCGGGGGUUUGAAACCUCCUUCCUUAGUCCUCCUUGCUUUCGCGUCGCCGCUCAGUCUCGCUCACCCUCUUUCUCACAUCGCCAUCUUCGUGCUCACCCGCGUUUCCUCCGUUCCGCGCCGUCACUGGCUUUUCAUCUCAAACUCUCAUCGCGCAGUCGCCCAUAUCCGCAUCAUUGUGAGGAGUCCUCCUUGACAAUGCCACCAUUUCAGUCUCUACAGCUUCGAAGGAUCUUUCUUCGAUCCUUCUUUUCUCAAUCCUCAUCCUUCACUUCAUUUUAUUUGCUUCAACCUCAUCUUCCACUUCUAGCAGAACCCACUUCCAACCCCUCCUCCCUCCUCAGGCAUUUUCAGUCUGUGACUGUUUUCACUGCACCUCCACUCUUUCUCUCCAGAUCUUUCUCCUCAGAGCCCUCCAAAUCAUCAAUUCAUGGCCUCCCAGAAGAUGUAGAUCCUAUUGCACAAUCCCUCUCCAAUGAGCUUCUCAAGGACUCAGAUUCCGACCCUCUGUCUGUAACACAACGCCUUCAGCUUGGCUUCUCUCACAUCACACCGACUGCCACACUUGUUCUUCAAACCCUCAAUUUCUCCACUGAAGCCGGCCGUACAGUAUUAGGUUUUAACCAAUGGCUAAUUUCAAACCCUAACUUCACCCACAAUGAUGAGACACUGUCUUAUUUUGUUGGCUACUUUGGCCGUCGCAAAGACUUUAAGGCCACCCAUGAGGUUCUUGUCAGUGGGUGUGCCUUUGCCGGGCCUAAAACCUUAGAGGCUGCGAUUGAUCGGCUUGUGCGUGCGGGGCGUCCCACCCAGGCAGUUUCAUUUUUUGAGAGAAUGGAGACAGAUUACGGGUUGCCACGUAAUCAUGAUUCAUUGAGGUUAAUCGUGGAAAAGCUUUGUGACAAGGGAUAUGCAAGUCAUGCAGAGAAAAUGGUGAAGAAUCUGGCAAAUGAGUUCUUUCCUGAUGGACGCAUCUGUGAUCUGCUAAUUAAGGGUUGGUGUGUUGAUGAGAAACUGGACGAAGCUCGAAGACUAGCUGGGGAAAUGUAUCGUGGAGGGUUUGAACUUGGGACAUCUGCGUAUAAUGCCAUUCUUGAUUGUGUAUGCAAGCUUUGCAGAAAAAAGGAUCCAUUUUGCCUUGAUUCUGAAGCUGAGAAGGUACUGGUCGAUAUGGAUUAUAACGGGGUUCCAAGAAAUGUAGAAACUUUUAAUGUGUUGAUAACUAAUUUAUGCAAGAUUAGGAGAACUGAAGAUGCAAUGAAGUUGUUUUACAGAAUCGGGGAAUGGGGUUGCUAUCCUGAUGCGACCACGUUUCUUAUUCUGACAAAGAGUUUGUAUCAGGCUGCAAGAUUAGAAGAGGGGGAUGAAAUGAUUGACAGGAUGAAAUCUGCUGGGUUUAGUGAAGCUCUUGAUAAGAAGGCUUACUACCAUUUCCUGGAGAUUUUGUGUGGCAUCGAGAGAAUUGAUCAUGCAUUGCAUGUAUUCGCGAAGAUGAAAGCUGACGGAUGUGAACCUGGGAUCAAAACUUAUGACUUACUGAUGGGGAAAUUAUGUGCUCAUAAUCGUGUUGACAAAGCUAAUGUACUUUUCAAUGAAGCACAACGCAGGGGGUUGCCUGUGACACCGAAAGAAUAUAAGAUAGAGGCAAUGUAUAUGAAAAAGCCAAAGCCGGUGAAGAGUGAGAAGAAAAAGCGAGAGACUCUGCCUGAGAAAAUGGCAAGGAAGAGAAGACGUCUCAAGCAGAUUCGACUGAGUUUUGUGAAGAAACCGAAAAAAAUGAUGGGUCGAGUAUAUUGAUCUCUUUGUUAUGGUUCACUGACAUUGUUUUGUUGAUUUAAUCACAAACAUUUUGGAAUUUGAGGAUGGAACAGAGUUAUCUCUAUUUCUUGGAAUCAUUGCUGUUUGGGAACUUGGAAGAAGAAGCAUUCUAGUGAUCUUCGCAAAGUGCCUGACACAAACAUGCUUUGAUUCAUUUCAUUUCAGCAAAGAAAAAGGAAACAUGUUUGUAUGAGCAGUGAUAAAUUCGCACUUGAGGAAAUUAUUGGAAUACCAAUUACAGGUAGAUUUAUUUACAUGAUGCAGUAAGAAAAUGAGAAGUUUCACACUAAGUAGUGUUGGCUGAAGAGGCAAUUUUUUUCCCUCAUAAACCUAUUAUCUUAAUAUUUUGAUUAAAAUAAAGUAUGAAGCCUGCAUGCAUGCA